AUGUCCGUGAGCGCCAGUGCCGAGAAUCUGUCCACUGACGCACAGAGUUGCGAUGGCGGUUCCAUGUGCCUUGAGCUGGCGUUGGAAGGCGAGCGGCUGUGCAAGGCGGGUGACUGCCGCGCAGGCGUCGCGUUCUUCCAAGCGGCCAUCCAAGCCGGCACCGACGACCUGCGCACCUUGAGCGCGAUCUACAGCCAACUGGGCAACGCGUACUUCUAUCUUGGCGACUACAACAAAGCUAUGCAGUACCACAAGCAUGAUCUCACAUUAGCUAGGACAAUGAAUGACAAGUUGGGCGAGGCGAAAGCGUCCGGCAACUUGGGCAACACUCUGAAAGUGAUGGGGAAAUUCACGGAGGCAAUACAGUGUUGCAAGCGUCACUUGGAGAUCUCGCGCGCUCUAGGCGACAAGCUGAGCGAGGGGAGGGCUCUGUACAACCUGGGCAACGUGUAUCACGCGCAGGGGAAGCAGCUGGGCCGCGUGGGUCAAAACGACCCGGGCCACUUCCCUCAAGAAGUGCGGGAUUGCUUGCUACAAGCUGUGGAGUAUUAUGAAGAGAACCUAGAGCUGAUGCGUAGUCUCAACGACCGUCAAGCGAUGGGUCGCGCUUGCGGUAACCUGGGCAAUACCUGCUACUUGCUAGGAGACUUCUCCCGCGCUAUUCGUUACCACACUGAGCGCCUAGAAAUAGCCAGGGAGUUCGGAGACCGCCCCGCGGAGAGAAGAGCCAAUAGUAACCUUGGCAACUCUCAUAUUUUCCUGGGACAGUUUGAAAACGCUGCGGAACAUUACAAGCGCACGCUUGCCCUAGCCGAAGAGUUAGGGGACGCCGCGGUAGAAGCUCAAGCAUGCUACUCCCUCGGCAACACUUACACCCUGUUACGGGAGUACCGCGUAGCAGAGGAGUAUCACGCGCGACAUCUAGCGGCAGCGCGGCGUCUCCACGACCGCGUGGGCGAAGGCCGCGCGUGCUGGUCGCUAGGCAACGCACACGCCGCGCUCGGAAACCACGAAAAGGCGCUGUACUACGCCAACGAACACUACAACAUAUCCAAGGAGUUGGGUGACGUACUAGGCAUGGCGACCGCCCAGAUGAACAUUAGCGACCUCCGGAAAGUGCUAGGGCUACCCGAGGGCGAAGUACCCCCGCCGCCCGCGGUAGACGCGAGCCCCGCGGCCAGGACUCCGUUCAACGCUUUGCGCGUACGCAGGCAGAGUAUGGAGCAACUGGCACUCAUACAGAUAACACCGGACAGCAAGAAGAAAGACGGGGAACAAGAUGCCGAGUCGAAACGCGACGCUGUCCGCACCGAGUCAGAAGAGAACCCCGUGGAGUCGUUCUUCGAGUUGCUCAGCCGAUGCCAAUCGGAACGCAUGGACGAACAGAGGGCGACUUUACACGCAGACAAAGAGAACAGGCCUAAACCCAAACCGCAGGCGAAACUGCAACGGUCAGCCAGCAGUGGGAACAAACAACCCGCCCCCAACGAACCGAUGAUAACGGAGCUCCAACCCGAGAGCAUAGAGUCGCAGAAGGCGGAGUCUGGGGGAAAUCGCGCCAAGAAGCUGACCAAAGAAGGCAAGGGCGCCUCCCUGCCUGGCCUCAGGGCGCAGCAGACCGGCGCCGCGAGACCCGAAGACGACUUCCUCGACAUGAUAGCCCGUGUACAGGGCUCCCGAUUAGAAGAUCAACGGUCCGAACUUCCCCGACCGAAACCCGAGGAAAGGCCGAAGACGGUACCAGAUGACGACUUCUUCGCGUUGCUAAUGCGUGCUCAAGCCGGCCGCAUGGAAGAUCAGCGCGCCACCAUUCCCCUUCAAGAGAAUCGUCAGCCCAAAGGAUCCAAUUCAAAGAAAUAG